CAUGACUUUCCAACUCUACCACUACAACUCCCAUAAUCACUGUGUGCGUAAAUUCUGAUCUCAUCCCUCCAAAUCCCACCCGUCUAAUCCUCUUACAUCUCAGUUUCUCAUCAUAACUAAAACUUUCUCUAUUCGUGCAUCUCUCCCAAAAUGUUUCUCAACCUCCAAAGUAAAAUCAUCCUCGCAUUCCUCAUAUCAUCAAUACAUGCAGAAACAACUCAAAUAUGUGAUCCCACCGCAAACGCAACAACCAAUUCCGGACGAUACACUUUCUUCUCUGAUGUAGUAGCUACUGAUAAUAGCAUAAAUCAAUGUACAGACGUACGUUUAUUCUCCCUCCCUGUAAACUCCAAAUUGAGAAUCAAACUAAGCUCACACAUCUCUACAGUUCACUCUCGCCGACGACACCAGCACCAACACCACCACCUUCACCACCACCUUCUCCUUGUCCAACAAAAAGCCAAAUACCUCCAUCCCACACUCCUUCCCCUCCCUAUCCCUGAAUCUCCCCUCUAUCCUCCCCAUCCCCAUCUCCAACAUCUCUCUCUUCCCUUUAACCAACAACUGGGCCUUAUACCCCGGGAACCCCGUUUCCAGCAUAACCAGCACUUCUAUAUCCUCUCUAGAAAACGCCUCUGUAGCCGCCUCUUGUUACCUAAACAUCUAUCUCGAUGUCAAUUCCAGUCUCUCUCAAACCCCCUCUCUCGCCGCCACUAAAAUCUCAAUCUGGCAAGCGAAUUACGGGGAUGUGGUACCAGAGGGUUAUAAUUCUAAUCGUGCAACGAUAUCUCGUCCUGUGAUCGAUUUGGCGGGUAUUACUUAUACAUUGUACACAUUUCAAAGUUCUCCCUCAUACUCAUCACCAUCUUCAUCUCCAACCAACACAAAUACAACCACACAAACCCACCACCCUCCCCUCAUCCCCAAACCCUAUACACCUGGUAUCCAAAUACGAACAUAACGACAUUAACCGCGAUGGAUAUCUCACCUCUGCUUAAUUAUCUCUGGCGCGAAGUAUAUAUUUCCAGUGACGCAUAUGUGGGGUUUGUGGAGUGGGGAUUGGAGAUCAGGGGAUGAGCGUGGGGGAAUAUUUCGUGGUCU